AUGGGAUGCUGCACCGGGCGCUGCACCCUCAUUUUCCUCUGCACUUUGCAGCUGCUUGCUGCGUUAGAGAGGCAAGUGUUCGAUUUCCUGGGAUACCAGUGGGCCCCUAUUCUCGCCAACUUCCUCCACAUCAUCAUCGUCAUCCUCGGCCUCUUUGGCACUAUUCAAUAUAGACCUCGCUACAUAGUGGUGGUAAAGGUGUGGCAGGCAAUUUGGGUUACCUGGAACAUCUUCAUCAUCUGCUUUUACUUAGAAGUGGGAGGACUCUCAAAGGACAGUGAACUCUUGACGUUCAACAUCUCCCGGCACCAAUCAUGGUGGAGUGAAAAUGGUCCUGGCUGUGUAAGGAAGGAGGCUUCAAUGUCUGGCAUCAAAGGGCUGGAUAGUCAUUCCUACAUCUCUGUGAUCGGCUGUGCCCUGGAGUAUCGGUACAUCGAGGUCAUGCACAGCUCCUUCCAGAUCCUGAUCGCGCUGGUGGGCUUUGUCUACGCCUGUUACGUUGUUAGUGUUUUUACAGAAGAAGAAGACAGCUUUGAUUUCAUUGGUGGAUUUGAUCCAUUUCCUCUCUACCAUGUCAAUGAAAAACCCACCAACCUUUUGUUCAAGCAGACAUACCUGUAA